GCUAUAUAGCAUCGCUGAUUGGAAUGGCGUCCGCCUGCAGCUACGUUAGCUAGUAUGUUAGCAUAGCGGCUAAGCUAAAUGCCCUCAUAACUGACACGUCGCUCGGUGCUCCAUCGGCGCCGCGGUCCGGGACUCGCUCCGCUGCCUCGGGUUAGGCUGGGAAGGACGGCGGUGAGGAGAGGAUGUGUCGGCGGGGUGUGAAGUAGCUCCGCGGUCUGCAGCAGUGGGAGAGGAGCAGGUACACCAUUCUUGGUACUUCUACACAACCCCACACUACGGUAGUGAUGGCAGCGGGCCAGAAGAAGAUGAGUGCUGAGACAUGCGUGCUGGCAGGGUCUAACGGAAUGAAUGGGGCAAAAGCGCCAAUGGGGACGUCCGUAGAGAGGAAUCACAACAGCAAGGUUUCCAGAGUGACUAAGAUGGCUUUGCACUUGCAGGAUAAAUGUGCGGCGUACGUCUUGGCCCUGCGGCCGUGGAGCUUCAGUGCUUCCCUCACACCUGUGGCUUUGGGGAGCGCUCUGGCCUACAAGCUCGAGGGCUCAGUGGACCUCAUCAUUCUGCUGGUCUGUGCCGUGGCAGUACUGGUGGUCCACGGUGCAGGGAACUUAGUGAACACGUAUUACGAUUUCUCCAAGGGGAUCGACCACAAGAAGAGUGAUGACAGGACUCUGGUGGAUCAGAUAUUGGAGCCCCAGGACGUGGUGAUGUUCGGCGCGUUGUUGUACUCAGUUGGGUGCCUUUGUGCCACCUUGUUGUAUUUUCUCUCCACGCUAAGACUCGAGCAUCUGGCUCUCAUCUAUUUUGGUGGACUCUCAAGCUCCUUUUUGUACACUGGAGGAAUAGGUCUGAAGUACGUUGCUCUUGGUGACGUGGUCAUCCUCAUCACCUUUGGCCCAUUGGCAGUAAUGUUUGCUCACGCCGUUCAGGUGGGUUACCUGUCCGUGCUGCCGCUGGUGUACGCCGUGCCACUGGCACUCAACACUGAGGCCAUCCUGCACAGCAACAACACACGCGACAUGGACUCGGACAAACAGGCGGGCAUAGUCACCCUCGCCAUCCUAGUGGGUCCUACGCUGUCGUACAUCAUUUACAACCUGCUGCUCUUCGUCCCGUACGUGCUGUUCUGCAUACUGGCCACACGUUACACCAUAAGCAUGGCACUGCCGCUGCUCACACUACCGAUGGCCUUCCCACUGGAGAGGCAGUUCCGCAGCCAGUGCUACUCCAAGAUCCCUCAGAAGACUGCCAAACUCAAUCUGCUGAUGGGACUUUUCUACGUCUUUGGGAUUAUUUUAGCACCUCAGGGUAGCUUGCCGCUCUUGUGAAAGACCCUUUAUAUUCUUUUUAUUUCUGAACUUUUGUUUCUUUCUGUUUUAAAAAUGUUGUACUAGGAUUACGUACUUCUCGUUUGUAUUUAUAGAAUUUUUUUUUUUUGGAAAUACAGAGACUUUAAUUUAUUGUAUAAUUCAUGCUUUAGCGCUAACAAAACAUUUGCGAGAUGUUGCGAUGAAACAGAAGCGACCUGGCGGCAUCAGUAUUCUGCAUAACGAACCGGUGUUUCAGUGUGUACAAAGUGUUGGUAUUUACACUCUUGCUAAGCUAAAUUUAAAUUAUUGAUAAACAUCAAAUUUCCGUUUGUCCCCUGGAUGUGUGACAGUUUUGUUACAUAAGAUUGUACAUUUACUUAUUAAUUUUCUAAACCUCUUGAGUAUUCUUUUGUCGGUCAAGCACAAGUCUCCAUCUGUAUGUCAUAUAGCAUAUUCCAUAGCCAAGCUUCAACGCUUACAUUGCCAGAGUUGUCAAGCUGUGUCCAAGUCCACUCAGUUACACCCAGAGUCGUGCGCUGUGUAGGACCAAAUGUUGAGUAACAUGGGCCAGCAGUACUGUGUGGUUUUUUUGAGCCAGCGUGAAGGAAUUAUAUCACUUCAUAUUCGAGUACAUCUAUAUGUUGGCUUUACAGAGCCCUUCACACAUGUUGAAACAGUUAGUAUGCUCGGCUUUGACGGCCUAAAGCCAAAUCUGAGGUUUAUUUUUUAGAGGAGAGAUGUUGCAGAGUAGAAUGCUGUUUAGUAAUGUCUCCUUUAAAGAGCUGUGUUUGAUAAACUUUUGAGAAUGAUCAGAUCUUAUAAAAAAUAAAUUAUACUACAAAGUUGA